AUGGACAUUGGACAAACAUUUAUAUUACAUAUUCGUAAUUUAGAACAGGAUCAAUUAAAAGUCAUCAUUGAAAGAGGUCAAAAAUUUACAUUUGCAAAUACCGCAAAAUUAUUAAAUGGAAUUAUAACAUCAUUUGCUAUGCAGCAUUUUUUGUUUUAUGUGAUGUUUUUAAUUCCACGAUCGAUAGAUAGACAAACACAAAAAGCAUUUUGUCAGUCCAUGAAUUGA